UCUGCGGCUGGGCUCGCCGACGAAAGGUCCAGACGCUCGCAGGAACGCGUUCGUGUCAAGUGCCUUGACUGCGUAUGCAGGGGGACCGAGCUGGAGGAGCCAACCAUGACCUCUGCGCUGUUGCUCGUCGCGUGCGCCUUCCUCUUCGCCGCUACCAGAAGCCAGGCACAAAACAGCACUGACCCGUGCAAAGGAAACGAGGCAGGUGCUCUACUGGCAAACGCUACCUGCCACAUCGUAUGCAACGGAACCGAUUCUUUCAGUGGGACCAAUGGCUUAAAUGGAACGAAGUGCAUUAUUUCCAAUGCGAAUCAAGGCAACAAAACAGCAACGUACGGGGUGUGCCAGAAUAACACUUGCAUGGAGAACAACGCGGAGCACCAGGCAUCUGGAAGCACCAACGGCACAAAUUCAACGGCCAGUUCUACGAAAGCCGGGUCGACCGCUAAGCCGGCCACUUCUUCCGCCACGAGCAACGGCAGUACCGCGGCCACGCAGUCGACUACGGAUGCGCCAGGCAACGUCACUAUUCCAGCUUCCAGCGGUCAUUCGCCACUCGCUGCAGCCAGCGUUCUCAGCGUGGCGCUCGCAAUCGGUGUGCUGCUCUGUCGUGCCACGUAGAAUAGGGUUACAACCUAAGAAUAACCCCCGUAUUCUAGAAAGCCCCUUCACUCAACGCUCCACCUUCACUCGAGAAAGCCGAUAAGAGCGCCAUCUCUAGGCAGGGAAUGUCACUGCAUAUCAGUGAUAAUUUGCUGUUAUUUUUGAGUAGCGCAGUGCGCUUUUCAGCCGAGCAGAGGCGCAGUGCGCAACUCUGUCAAGUGAAGGGCGAAAUUCGAGUGGAGGAGCGUUUGUGAAUACGGGGGUAAGUAUAUUUAAACAAAACAGACUGUUGGGCCUGUUAGCUAUCCAUGAACACUGAAAGAAUAAGCACUAAAAACUGACGAGCAUAAAACAACCACAACAUAUCCGAAAAAUCGGUGAGCAGUGGUGUAAAUCAUGGUGGGGCCGGGGGAGACCUGACCCCCCUCCCCACUCCGUCCACCGGCCGGGGGGGGGGGGGACACCCUUUUCAAGUGACCAUUCUUGAAGGUCAUCUUUCAAGCAUCAUGUAUCUGAAUGGAUUGACAUAUAGCGCGUUCAACAUUUUUAAUGCCUGUUGCAGUGUUAAAAACCCCUCAGCUGUUUCCCAUCACUGAAAUCGCGACUGCCGCUCGAUCAAAUAGACGAACAACUAGAACAAUUCAGUUACGUGUGUUGGGAACACGUUGUUUUUUUUUAAUUGUAUUUGGAGGUUAUGAUUUUAUUUUUAUGCGAGUAAAAAAUAAAGGUAACACUCAUAGAAACAAAAAUGGCCGCCAUUGCAAGAUGUGUGCCCCCCUCUUGGGAUUUUUUCUGGAUUUACGUCUUUCUGUCUGCGUCUAAGUAUAUAGUGCGCUCUCAUUUCAAAACGGUCAUGUGUCACCAACUCGCCCAAUCAACCAUAUUGACAAAAAGGAUAAUGUGGAGUGGAACUGCUGAACAUUUGGUGAUGUCUGACUUGCGAAAAAGCGGAUUCAGGCCAGACGGAGCCACAAGAAGCCGAAAAAAACGAAGUUUAUACAAAUCCGUGGACUACCCACCAUGCUUUGCUGCUGUAUAGACACCAGCGCUGGAGUUCCCUCUAUAAUGUAUACAUACUUAUUUGAAACUAAAGUGCAUGGGUGCAGCUAGCGGUGCCUCGUUUCUCGUCUCGCCAAACGUUGCAUUUUUUUUCACCGGUUCUUCGUAACCUUUACGUCAUCGAAAAGGGUGGUCGCGAUUGGAAGCGCAUUUUGCGCACGGGCAGUGACACAUACUGCUUUUUUUAUUCUUAGGUUGUCGCCGACUGUAUAGUAUACUGGCCUCGAUUGUACGACGUCGUGUGCAUGUGACAGAGCGUUUGUAACGCGAAAUUCGUAAACAUGGGGCACGUGCUGGCAUACAGCCCCUCCACACACCAUCGCUUUGCGAACUUCUCAUCGCAAACUUUCAUCUUGCCCUUCCUGCUUUUGUUGGUGCGUUUGAAAGCGAUCCUAUGCGCACGAGUCCCGCACAUAUUGCACUUACAGUAUCCCGAUAUUGCUAAAUUACCGCUCGCUUUGGCUGUUGUCCAAUGAAAGCGCGUACAACGCAUAAUCCCUGCAGGUAUUUGAACUAGCGCCAAUCGGCAAAAUAAACGAAACACGCGUAGCAGGCAUUGCGAGCGUCGGGCAUUCCUUCCAUGGAGUGUCAGCACGUUUCAAUAAUCAUUGGGAGAGUCAAAGUGGGAAGAGCAUUGCGGUACAAAUGAUAUGUGUACACUCUCAGAAAUAAAUACACAAAAGGUACCUGUUACUCUUUCUAGUCAGUUUCUAUUUGCCACGUAUACUAACGAAAAGAGCGAAAUUUGCCACAUAUAAUGUAUACUAUUUUUAAAGGUAUACACGUCAACUCUAUUUCGGGGAGUCGCGUAUCUUUAGAGAGAGUUUUAUAUAUGUGACGAGUAACUAUUGAUUAAAAAGAGUAACAGGCAAUCUUUUUUUUUGGGGGGGGGGGGAGGUGUAGAGGAUAUAUAAAUAGUUAAAUGUAAAUGAAGUAAUUCAAGCAAUUCUACUAGACGAAAAUUACGGACCAAUAUAAAGUACGUGUGUGUGCUAACUGUGAUUAUAUAGCCAUCACGUAAAAAUGGUUAUAACGCCACAAGUGGGGACAAGGGUAAAA